AUGACUCAUAGCAGUGAACAAAUCAAAGUUCCUGAAAAUACCCACGCUAGUCCAUGUGAUACUAAUGUUCACUCAACUCCAACUAUCAAUAAACGAACUCGUGACGAUGUUGGGCAUUCAUUUGAGAAUGAAAACGAAAAUGAAGCAAAUACAACUACAUUGUCUUCGAGAGAAAAUGAUGGCUGGCAAUCCUCACACCGUAAUAAUAAGAAAUUUAUUACAAGUCGUAAUCGCACGUUUCACAACUCCAAUCAUUCGCAGAACAAUGUCCAAACUUCAUCAACAAACCAGCAACGAACACCUGACCAAAUUUCGAAUCAGCAACAACCUGUAAAUAAUCUUCCUACAUGUUAA